AACAGCAUCUUCAACGAGCGGAGCACCCGCGUCUCGCGCCUGGCCCGUUCGUCCCGGGCCGUCCGGUUGAUCCGGGUGUCCAGGAUGGCGCGGGCGGCCCGGCUGGUGCCGCACUUGAUGGCGCUGUUCCGCCGGCAGAACACGAAACUCGGGCGCAUG